AUUGUUGGGUGAUUGAUGAUGCUAUCAAAGGAUGGCAUAAUAAAGAUUAUUAAAAUAUUCUUUCUGUGCAUGAUCAAUCAUCUUAAUCAUGACAUAAUAUAAAAGAAAAAUAAUAUUUGUAUUGUUUUGUGUAUAGUUUUCUUUUUUAAUUUCUUCAAUCUAUAUAUUUCCAGUGUCACGAGAAUAAGAAGAGUGAAUCUAUUUUUGCAUAUGGGAGAUACAGAGAGUCGCGGUAGCAGGGUGUGCAAUUCUUGGUGGAAUCAGAGUGGACGAAAACAGAAGCAGAAGGUUGAAGUUUAUGGCGAGGUUCUUAGUAGACUUAAAGGAUUGAAUGUCAAAGAGGCUUCAGUUCCUGGUUUUGAUGAUGAGCUUUGGGCUCACUUCUACUACCUUCCAACUAGGUAUGCGUUGGAUAUGAACGUGGAGAGGGCACAAGAUGUGCUUAUGCACAAAAGGUUGCUUCACAUGGCACGAUUCCCUACUAUUGCAACUGGACCUGCAAUUGAAGUUCGUCUUGUUCAGGGAAGCGUUGCUGGUACAUGCAUUAUGCAGGUUCGAGCUUCUUCUGCUGUACGCAGUCCUCAAUAUUUUGAUACUCCAGCCACAAUGAUGAGCUUCCAUCCACCCCCAGCCUUUGCUUCAUCAGCUAAUCUUGAACUUGAUCUAUGCAAAAGUCAGUUACAAGCUGAAGAUAAGAGUAACAAUUUCAAUUUUUACGCACACUAUGCCAGUAAUUCAUGCAGGCCAGUGCAUGAAAUCACAAUUUCAACAAAUGACAAGCCAAAACUCCUCAGCCAGUUAACUUCUUUAAUCUCUGAGACUGGGCUUGACAUUCAAGAAGCACAUGCUUUUUCGACGUUGGAUGGAUACUCUCUGGAUGUUUUUGUUGUUGGUGGUUGGGCAGUUGAGGAGACAGAGAAAUUAAAACAUGUACUAGCAAAGAAAAUGCAAAAACUCGAGAAGCAACCUCAGUUGAAAGAAAAUGGCACUAUUAAUACUGCAGAGCAAGGGAAUACUGGGUUCAAAUUUAUAUCUAGUCAUGUAAAUUUUGCUACUAAUCGAAAUGAUGUCUGGGAUGAAAGAUGUUUGAGAUGUGAAAAGAAAAUUGCAUCUGGAUCUUUCAGUGAUCUGUAUAAGGGUAUUUUCUGUAAUCAAGAUGUAGCUAUCAAAGUUCUUAAGGACGAUCAUUUGAAUGAAAAUAUACAGAGGGAGUUUUAUCAAGAAAUCUAUAUCCUAAGUAAAAUUCAACAUAAAAAUGUCGUGAGAUUUUUUGGUGCCUGUACAAAACCCCCUAACCAUUACCUUGUCACAGAAUAUAUGUCUGGUGGAAGUAUGUAUGACUUUCUUCAUAUAAAGAAGGCUGCGCUUUCUCUCCCAUGGUUGCUUAAAGUUGCCAUUGAGGUUUCAGAAGGAAUGAAAUAUUUGCAUCAGAAUGAUAUCAUACAUCGAGACCUCAAAACAGCUAAUCUCUUGAUGGAUGAUAAAGGGGUAGUUAAGGUUGCUGAUUUUGGGGUGGCUAGAGUGAACAAUCAAUCCGGGGUGAUGACUGCAGAAACUGGAACUUAUCGAUGGAUGGCUCCGGAGGUGAUUGAGCAUAAACCAUAUGAUCACAAAGCCGAUGUUUAUAGUUUCGGCAUUGUCCUUUGGGAGCUUCUCACAGGAAAGCUUCCUUAUGAGCAUUUGUCCCCAUUGCAUGCGGCAGUUGGAGUGGCCCAAAAGGGUUUGAGGCCGGAAAUUCCAAGGCACACGCAUCCAAUGUUGGUGGAAUUAAUUCACCGGUGCUGGCACCAAGAUCCAUCUUCAAGACCCGAUUUCACAGAAAUUCUGGAAUUUCUGUUGCACAUAACCAUGAAGGUAUUUUCUGACUGAAAUUGAGGGCCUGAGCAAAACUCUGAUAGAAGGCUAACAAAGGACUGCUGAUGCUGUUGGAUUCUGACCUCCCUGCACUCGAAAUGGAUUUUCUGGAGCUACAGAACUCCAAAUGGCCUGCUCUCAACGGCGUUGGAAAGUAGACAUCCAGAGCUUUCCAGUAAUAUAUAAUAGUCUAUACUUUAUUCGAUCUUAGAUGACGCAAACUGGCGUUCAACGCCAGUUCCAUGCUGCAUUCUGGAGUCAAACGCCAUAAACACGUCAUAAACCAGAGUUAAACGCCAAAAACACGUUACAACUUGGCGUUUAACUACAAGAGAAGUCUCUGCACGUGUAAAGCUCAAGCUCAGCCCAAGCACACACCAAGUGGGCCCCGGAAGUAGAUUUUUGCAUUAAUUACUUAUUUCUGUAAACCCUAGUAGCUAGUCUAGUAUAAAUAGGACAUUUUACUAUUGUAUUAGACAUCAGGGUUUUCGUCUUUUAUCUUAGCAUCCAUCUUUGGACGUUUAGUUCUUAGACUUUGGGAGCUGGCCAUUCGGCCAUGCCUGAACCUUGAUCACUUAUGUAUUUUCAACGGUGGAGUUUCUACACACCAUAGAUUAAGGUGUGGAGCUCUGCUGUA